AUGCCUGUUAUAACGAAAAUGAGUUUUUCGGAUAAUAAUAACACUUAUCGUUCAAAUAUGAACAAUAAUAAAGACGAUGAAUCGUCGGAAUCGAUUCAACGUCAAAUUCAUCAAUACAAAAAUAGUAUGCUUGACCGAAGUCAUCAUAUGGUUAAUUUAGUAUCAGAAUCUGAACAACUUGGAAUAAAUACAGCUACGGAACUUGCUACACAACGUGAAAAAUUGGAAAAAAUUGACAAUAAUCUUGAUACAAUUGAUAAUACACUAAUUGGUACACAACAAAGGAUAAAUCGUUUACAAUCUGUAUUUGGUGGUAUUAAAAAUUAUUUUUAUGGACCAAAAACGGCAUUUUUACCAAAAUCUAAUUCACAACCAAAUAUGACCAAAAAUCAGUCAAAUAAUACUUCAUCAAAUAAACAACAACAACAGCGAAUUUCUCUGC